AUGUCGGCCGUAUCAUGUAACCUUAAUCUGGAUGCGCAGUUAUCCUGGUCGACAGCUGCCGGCGGCAAAUGCUCCUUCGGUCACUUCAAGACUCUGAUUACCUUCUCAAUUAUGUUGUCCUUCUUACAGCUUGUCGUAACUGUGUUGGCUACUGUGGCCUCAGCAGGUAUCGCACCUCGAAAUAUAGCCACACAUAUCAACCACGAAACAGUGGGCAAGGCACUCCGAGUUAGACAAGGAGGCUAUUACUCUUUUUGGUCAGAAGGUGCCGGUUCCUUCCAAUGCAAUCAACAAGGCGGUGGGAAGUACACUUGCAAGUGGUCUGGUCAGCCAGGAGGAGGCUUCGUCGCUGGCACAGGCUUUAAGCCAGGGGGCUCAAGAACUGUCAAGUAUUCCGGCACAUAUGAUGCCAAAGGUCCAGGGUAUCUCGCCCUUUACGGUUGGACGCAGAACCCACUUAUUGAAUACUACAUUAUCGAAUCUUACGACAUCCUUGCGCCGGGUGAGCCAUGGACUAAAAAGGGCAACUUCACGUUUGAAGAAGGGACAUAUGAGCUGUACACCAGCCAGCGCGUCAACAAGCCAUCCAUCGAAGGCACUCGAACCUUCACCCAAUUCUGGUCUGUCAGAACUGAGAAACGCGUUGGGGGAACGAUCACGACGAGUAAGCAUUUUGACGCAUGGUCCAAGGCUGGAAUGAGGCUGGGAAAUCAUAAUUAUAUGAUCAUGUGUACGGAGGGAUUUGCAAACGGCACUUUGCUUCCCAGUGGGAGUAGUACUAUCACCGUGACCUAG